ACCAGUUUUGCACUUGUUUCCUCCUGGUGGUGCGAAAUAUUCGUGUAGGCAACGAAUCCGAAAUGUCGCUCCCUCUCUUUCCGCUGUGCAUAUUUUGCUUACUUGGGUGUCGGAGUGGCGCUAUCCCUGAUAGCGAAGUGGCGCAGCGGAACAGCGAGCAAGUUCUAAGUCAACUGAAAGCCAUGGGCAUCGACCUUGAGAAGGGACCGCCGAAUCUCAGAAAGGAAGAUGGCCCUAAGAAUUCCCCCGAGCCCUCUAUGCACCUAGAGGUUUUAAGGAAGGAGACUCCCUUCGUUUAUGCUCAUCCACUGCCCAACGCUGUGUUGGUCUCGCCGUACACAACUAUCGCCUUCAGACCGAAGGACGCGGUGGACAAAGACAGCAUCAAGGGCAAGAUAGAUGUGCAAGGGGACGUCUCUGGCAACCACAAGGGAGAGACGAAGCUUCUCAGCGACAAAAGAACCAUAUGCUUUACACCGGAGGUGGCCUUCAUGCCUGGCGAGUCUGUCAGCGUAAUGGUGCGGAAGGGAAUUAAGACCGAAGAGGGAUAUUCAUUCCCUUCCUCCUCAUGGAACUUCACCAUGUCAUGGAGAAAGUUGGACACUUACCGCCGGGAUAGACGGAUCAAACUGCCAGAAAAUGCCGCCAAUGAGGCUUCUUCGCCUGAGACGCUGGAAAUGUUCAGAAAGGCCCAAGAUAUCAAUUGGUUGUUGGGCCUCCCCGCUGUUGAUCAGCGAGGAACAGAGGCAGACGAUGUGGACGACAUCGACGACCUCGAUUGUGGUGAAGGGGAGCCUUCAGCGAAUGAGGCCCACUAUUACCUUCCCAACUGCGCAUACCGGUGAAUGAGUGAUUCAUUCCGGAAUAGUCUGAUUUUUUGCAUGCAUUCACUCCUAGGACCCUCCCUUCGGAGUACCCCCGUGUGCAAGUGACUGUUCAAGGCAACCUUACAGAAUUGUCAGAUGGCUACGUGUUCACGCAAGGGCCGGAACCUGGAAAACCAACUCAAGCCUUUCAAAUCAUCAUGACGUCGCGCGGUGAUCCAGUCUAUCAUGUUCAUCGAAAGACGGGUCCGUAUAACCUCGCGCCUACGCAUAACGGGCAGCUCACGCAGUGGGUAGACGCAUGGGGCGCGAAGAUUCUCGGUCCUGAUUAUGCCGAGCGAGCACGAUUCUCUGCCAAACACGGAGGAAGUAAGGGCUCUCUGAGGCAUUUGAACAAAGGGUGCCGCUUGCGAUGCCUGUGUUGCAGCCAUGAAUCCGCACGAGUUUCAACUGACAAAAAUUGGCAAUGGACUGCUGUUCGCGUAAGUAAGCCCAGAGGUGUUUGCCAAAUUGAUAUUUCUUGUCCUCGCCUCUUUUUUCCUUUCACACUACGAAUUAGUUGGGAUACCCAGAUACUGAAGGUUGAUGAUUUCCAUGUGAACGACAAAGGAGAGAAACCUCUUGUCGGCAUUACAGUUGAGGAGAUCACCCCGACAGGGGAAGUCGUGUUCGAGUGGAGAUCCUGGGACCACCUGCCGCUCGUUCUGUGGGAAACUGAAAAGCGCGCUCGCGGGUGGUGGCAUCUGUUGCACGCAAAUGCAAUGGAGGAAGCUCACGAUGGCCAUAUCCUGCUUUCGUGAGCUUUGUCUUGCUCGAAUCGACGACAAGCGUGAUGGUUUUCCUGUACGUUUCAGAAUGAGGAGAAUGUCGCAGAUUGCAAAAAUCCACAGGUUUCAGAGAGAAUUUAUUCGUCCACUUACACCCCCCUUCUCUUCUUCCUCCUCUUUUCCUCCAGAGACACGGGCGAACUGUUGUGGCGUCUCGGUGGGAAUGGGAGCGACUUCAGGUCAGCUUGGGUUUGGAGGUGAAGAAAGCUUGAAUUGUGUGCUUUCUGUAGAAUCGUGAAUGACGCGAAGGGACAGUUUCGGGGACAGCACGACGUGAGAGACCUGGGCACACCAGAGGGCAAACACCGGAUCAGCGCUUUUGAUAACCGGCUCAGAACAAUCAAUGAAACAGACACGGUCAUCUCCCGAGCUGUUGAAUACGAUUUGUACUUCGAUCAUGAUGGCCGGCCAACUAAGGCCCGGCUGGUGAACGAGUACGACACAGGCAUCAGGGUUGGCGCGAAAGGCAGCUACAGGCGAAUGCCCAAUGGCAAUGGUGUGUAUUGUUUGGGGGUGACCAAGAAAAAGAGAAAAACCCUUGGGACAAAUCCUUUUUAUAUCGAGAGGGAUUCCAGAGGUCGCGAACUGGUUAGAAUGGAAUGGAAUUCGCGUCUGUACAGAGGGUAUCAUGGGACGUAUCGCACGGUCAAAGCUCCUUGGAUCGGGACCCCUGCGUGGCCCCCGACAGCUCUCCUGGAUGACAACAACAAAGCGAAUACUCUCCGGCUGCACUUCAGUUGGAACGGAGCCACGGAAGUGAAGACUUGGCGGAUUAUUAUGGGUCCAGGUGGUGAUGACAUGACAGCUGUCGUAGAAAUCGAGAAGACGCAGUUUGAACAUUGGGUCGACGUUCCGGACGGAGGCAAGAAGUGCCAGUACUUUCAAGCUGUGGCUCUCAAUGAAAAGGGGAAGGAAAUGAGCCGAUCGGAAGUAGUCCACACAAAGCUCUGCAAGUGAUGCACUCUUUGCAAUCAUCGCUUGCAAACUGUUUUGAAGUCAAGGAACUUUGGAAGAAGAGGGCAAACACAUGUGGGUUUGUCCGAAGCGUGACAUAGUUGCUAUGAACUUCAGGUAAAGGAGAGGACCUGCUAGUUGCGAUGGAUCGGAGGAUAGUGAAAACGAAAGUUUUUGCCUUUCGCAUUGUGCACGAGGGCUCCCUCCUUGGUUGGUGGUCGAUUGAUUGGCGUCCUGUCGCGACGGGUGGUGUGUCUGUCGUUCGCUUGGUGCGACUGUCUGUCAGUGAUGUGUCGCUUGUGCUUACCCUCGCUUAAAGUUCUCGCACUUUGAAGUCAGUGCGUAAGCUUGAUGCUCACCUGAGUCACCUGGUCGCAAUGUGGAGAUGAUGUCUCUCUUUGCUGAGGCUGAGGUUGCUUGUGUACGCCCACUGGCGGUCGCGCACGUCUCUUCAAUGAACGCUGCCACACAGGGUGGCGGGGGAUGCACACACAUUGACGAUUAUGUCCAUCAUAUGCAAAGAAAACGAAAAAUCUGUCAAAG